GCAGAAGAAAGGGCUGCUGGCGAAUCCAAGACUGCGGCAGCUGCCUCAAAAGCAAGCACGGUUGUGGAUGGUGUCCAAGUANGUUCCACCUGCGUCCCCACAACCGGAAACCUGCUCUCCCCGCUCAAUCACCCAGUGUGUCCUUUAGCCUCCGAGCGCUAUGAACUGCGCACUGCAUCUUUGGGCUGCAAUUGCAGUACCUAUACUUUGGUCAGCAUUCUCAUUACUGUGUUUGCCACUAUUGCUGCUUUGGUGUUGUUGUCGGGGGUGUUGUGGUUGUUGAAGUGGUGGGGUAGGUUGAUGAGGAGUGGGNGUUGGGAGAUUGUGGUUGAGGAGGAUGGGAGGGUUAGAGAGGGAACUUGGAGGAGAGGGNGGUGGUGGCCUAGGUGGAUGGUUGCGAGGAGGUGA